UAAUUUUUUGUUAGUACUGAGUGUAAAUCAAGCGGAAAUUGUUAUGAAAUUGAAUUAUUUCAUGAUAGCGAAUUCUGCAUGCUUGUUGAAUUGUGUUGAAUGAAAGAAAGAAUGCGAGACAAAAGAACAUGAGACUUUGAGAUUUUGAUAAAAACACGUAUUUUAUAACAGCUCAAUUAAGAAAGGGUACCUGCAAAAAUUUUUGAAGACAUUUUUGAAUAUUUUUUGAUGACUUAUUUUUUAUCAUAAUCUGGUUAAUUAAUUAGCAGGUGUGUAAAAAAUCAUAUAUUUACUACCAUCCGAAUCUCCGAUUCGUCACGCUGAAAUUGAGAAAUGGAGCAAGUACAAUGAUAACUCAAUUUAUUUUAAAUUGACGAUUACCCCAUUUUGAUUAAUAUUUCAUCACAUAUCUUGCAACAUGAACUUUAAGCUUUAAUACACUUUCUGCCUGAUAAAUUGGUACAAGAGAACUUUGGAUUGAUUGAAGGUCCCCUAUUUUAGGUGGAAUUGGAUUUGUGUGCACAAAAAAUAAGAUGGAAUAUUUCAGCGAUUUUAAACGCUUGAACGGAUACCACUGGUUUUUGUGUUUUUUUACUACUUACUUUGUGGGCCCAUCUUGUAUAAAUGUCAUAAUUUGAGAUAAAUAAGUUUACUUUUCAUAAAAAAGGUAACGUUUCAGAAGAUGGAAUUAAAAUCAAGGGAUAUGAUAUGCUAUAGAUAAAUAUGGAAUUGUACCACAUCUUUUAGUGCAUAAAUCUCACAUUGCCUCAAGUUAAGUCACUCGAUCCCCUUGUGCAGAGUCACUGCAAAACCACAUCUCCAAUCCAACAAUGAAUUGAUAUGAUAUAAACACGGGGACACCUUUGCUACCUAAUCAUUACCAUGUUUGAUACUGAAUGGUAAGCACAAGCACGACGAAAUACGGCAGUCUAGAUUUUUAGGCACGGAGUGAAAUGGGAACGUCCCAUUUAAUCCUGCUGCUACUGGGCAGUUUAUUUAUUUCAAGUGUGUUGGGUGUGGCUGUGAUCGUUGUGGAGGGUGGGAACCCCCUAGAAACGGGUGUCGAUGAGGGUAGCGUCAGUCCAAAAACCCUGCUGGAAUUUCUGACGUCUUCAUCUUCAACUUCAGAGAACAAAACUUUGAAUAAUGAGAAAAGUGCACCCCAAAUUUUCAUUGGGGGCGACUUUGCUUCUGUAGAGGGAUAUUCGUUAGAGGAAAAUGUCAGUGGUGGUGGUGACAGUGGAAGUUUUGAGGAUUUCCCCUCAGGAGAAAGUGAGUUACAAGUGGACGCUUCUGGAAAGGAAAAAGUUAAUAAUGAGACGGAGUUGAUACCACCGCAAAAAGUUAAGCGUCAGAAUGAUGCCACUUAUCAUCCAGAAGUGCAAGAGUCGCGACGUUCGAGAACAGUUGUGGCCCAUCCAGGGAAGGAUUUGAAGGCUUCAGCGACAGGAUAUGGACAUGAAGGGGGUGGAGAAGUGGGAUAUGGUGGAGGUGGGGGAGGUGGUGGUGGAUAUGGACAUGACGGAGGUUACGGGGGCGCCGAACACUACGGAAAUGCAAAUGGCGGACACUAUGAUAGUGGACAUCACGCCAAAAAAGGGCACAAAGGUCAGGAAGGUCACCACUCCCAACACGGUUAUAGCAAAGGGAACAAAGGGCAUUAUAACAAGGCGGGGAAGAAAGGUCAUUACGGGAACAAGGGUGGAUCGUCGAAGGGACACAAGUCAGGAGGGCAGCAUUACGGGGGACGACAUCACGGGAGCAAAGCGUCCAAAGGGGCACGACACGGGCAGAAAGGUCACCACAAAAAAGGACAUUCGACGAAAGGGUUUCACAACGUGUAUCACAAGGAAGAGUAUGGAAAGCAGAGCUCGUUCUAUGACGAUUAUCACAGUGAAGGCCAUCAUGCCAAACACGGUGAGCAUGGACAGCAUCACGAUUCGCAUGGCGGAAAGAAAUAUUACGGUCAACAUCAUGACGAAGGACAUAAUCAAAAUCAUCACGGAGAUCAGGGGCACUACCAACGAGGACACCAUGAUGAUCAACAUAAGGGACACAAAUCGAACCACGGCCAGCACGGGUCGCACGGACAUUCCCAACAUUACGGGGAUCAGGGGGGACACAACCAUCACAAUAGUCACCAUCAAGGAGGGGGUUAUGGACAGCAGCAUCAAGGGGGAUUUGGGGGCGGAGGGGCUAUUUAUGGGGGUGGAAGUGGGGGUGGUGGCAUCGGUUAUGGCCACGGAUAUUAAUAAAAUCUCAUCCGAACUGAGUUCAAACAUGCUCUUAUUAAGCUUAACUUUUGGUGUUGGGAAUAAAAUAAUAAAAAAUAAAAUAAUCAAUUCAAACAAAA